AUGGCUGACACUUCCGUUGUCCUUGACCGCUACAACUGCGACCUCAACAUCCGCUUCCCCGGAAGUCAGUUUUCCGCGUCGACGCUGAACCAACCGGAAGGGUUCAGGAUCAUGUGGGGCGGGGUCCGGGCGACGCACGGGGUCUGCAGGGGCAAAGUUUACUUCGAGGUCAAGGUCACGGACCACCUGGACAGCAGGGUCGGAGCCGGGUUCAGCGAACCCCACCCCAACGUGAUGAGGGUGGGGUGGUCUGUGGACGGGCCGUCGUUCGCUUUAGGCGAGAGCGCCUGGUCGUUUGGAUACGGCGGGGUGGGGAAGGUCUGCAACAACAACACGUACACGGACUACGGGCAGGAGUUCGGGCUGGAUGACGUCAUCGGAGCUAAGCUUAACCUGGAUGUUAACCCGCCGGAGUUUUCCUUCACGAAAAACGGCCGGGAUUUAGGAUUAGCAGGGAAGGUUCUGAACUACCAAGUUGGGAGAAGAGACAUGGCGCUUUUUCCUCACGUUUACUGUAAAAACGCAGCGUUUAAAGUAAAUUUUGGUCAGGAGCCGUCUUGGAGUAAACUACCGACUGGAUUUAAGUUUAUUAGUCAAAUGCCGGUAGGGGAAAGGAUUAACGGAUUAAAAGCUCCGAGCAAGAAAUCAAAUUGUGAGAUGAUCAUGUUGGUGGGUCUACCCGGGUGUGGUAAAACCACGUGGGCAAUGAACAAGCAGGCGACUUUUCCGGAGAAGAGAUACAACAUACUCGGAACUGAUCUCAUUAUAGACAGAAUGCGAGUCGCGGGCAUGGCAAGGUACAGCCGUUUUGAAGAAAGAUUCGCCACGCUUAUCAAAAUGGCGUCGGAUUGUUUAAACACUCUCUUGCCCAUCGCCGCUUCGCUAAACCGGAACUACAUCCUGGAUCAGACGAAUGUGUAUCCUUCCGCCCGGAAACAGAAGAUGCGUUAUUUUUCCGGGUUUAUCCGCGUGGCCGUGGUCAUCCUACCGGAACUGAGUGAGCACGAGAGGCGGAUGUGCCAGAGGACACGGGAAAACGGGAAGGCGGUGCCAGCCGACGCCGUGCGGAAGAUGAAGGCGAAUUUUAUCCUCCCCGAGGAGAAAGAUCGGGAUUUUGAUAGGAUUGAGUACGCCGAACUGGACAAGGAUCGCGCUCAAAGACUUGUGAUUCGGUACAACAGGGAGGGUAUUUGA